UGAGCCCACGGCCGAUCGCUGCUAAAAUUGAAUGACAUUCACUUCUCUACGGCCGUUCAUCCCGUCGCGUUCACACAUGAUGUGCCUCUAGCUAGCUAGCAAGCUCCGCUCUCUACGCAGUACGUAGCAUGUAUGUACCGUACGUACUAUACGAUGUAUCUUACUCUAGCUAGCUCUCAUAUGCAUAGGAAAUUGUACCACAUUAGCGCAUCUACAUCAACAUGAGAUGGGAAUGGCGCCUGCAUCAGUUGAAACACGUAUCUGAAAACCGAGAUAGAACGCGAUGAAAGGACAUUUUAGUGAUUGUGUUCGGGGGUUGUUACCAAUGAGCAAACUUGAGGACUAGCUGGGGUCGACUGUGUUUGUGAAUGGAUAUUCACAAUGCCGGCUUACGGGUAGAGGAAAAUCGCCUGUUGCCUGAACUGCUUUGCGAAAUUUUCAGUGCAGCUGUGUGUUUACCGGAGACCUGCCAAGCUCCACUGCCGUGGUUUGCGUUUGUCGCACCGUCUGGCGAAUCAACAACGCCCGGCGUCGAUGUCUGUCGGCACGGGCUGUGGUUUAGCCCGCCAGAAUUUGAGUUGGGUUUUUGACCAGGUGCUCGGAACACCGAGAAGGCCCUCCGUAAUUAGUGGUCGCUGGGUGUAGGCCUAGCUUGAAAUCACUUGAAAUUUCUUGCCAUCAAGUUCAUCCCGUUGAGGGAGGCAAGGGCGAGCAGCGAAUCAUGGCUGCAGCCUGGCUACCAUUUGCCCGUGCGGCGGCUAUAGGCUGGGUGCCUAUUGCCCCCAAUGCUAUGCCCGUAGCCCCAGAGCGGCACACAGCGGCAACAGAAGGUGGCCGUAUAGUCCUCAACAUCAGUGGCCGUCGCUAUGAAACCUGGCGGCACAUGCUGGAGAAAUACCCUGAUACCCUUCUCGGCAGCAACGAGAAGGAAUUUUUCUUCGAUGAAGAUUCUGGGGAAUACUUUUUCGAUAGAGACCCGGAUCUGUUCCGACAUGUCCUGGCGUUCUAUCGCACAGGGCGCAUGCACCUCCCCCGUGAGGAAUGCAUCAAUUCCUUUGACGAGGAGCUGGCAUUUUUUGGAGUCAUGCCUGAAAUUAUCGGAGACUGUUGCUAUGAGGAAUACCGUGACAGGAAGCGAGAGAACGCAGAGCGUCUCAUGGAUGAGAGGAGCUCAGAAAUGGGAGAUUGCCCGGAUUUGCACACUAUGAGAGAAAAGAUGUGGAGGGCGUUUGAGAAUCCACAUACGGGCACGUGGGCGCUGGUCUUCUACUAUGUAACAGGGUUUUUUAUUGCAGUCUCUGUAUUUGCCAACGUUGUAGAAACGAUACCGUGUCCUCCAUUUCCCGGUACUGUUGAGCAUGUCGCGUGUGGGGACAGAUACCAUGAUGCCUUCUUUUGCCUGGAUACAGCAUGUGUGUUGAUCUUUACAGUGGAGUAUAUACUGAGAGCGUACGCUGCUCCAGACCGGUGCAAAUUCAUGCGGAGCGUCAUGUGUGUUAUAGACGUGGUGGCCAUCAUGCCAUAUUACAUAGGACUCAUGUUCAAUAGCGACAGUUUAAGCGGCAUGUUCACAACACUCCGAGUGUUCAGAGUCGUAAGAAUUUUCAAAUUCUCCAGACAUUCGCAGGGAUUACGCAUCCUGGGGUACACCCUUAAAAGCUGUGCGAGUGAACUUGGAUUUUUGGUGUUUUCGCUGGCAAUGGCGAUUAUCAUAUUUGCCACCAUCAUGUUUUAUGCGGAGAAAAGUGUGGAAAAGACGAAGUUUUUCAGCAUUCCUGCCGCCUUCUGGUAUACAAUAGUCACAAUGACUACACUUGGUUAUGGAGAUAUUGUACCCAACACAGUCAUAGGCAAGAUAGUGGGUGGAGUGUGUGCCCUGAGCGGUGUCCUAGUCAUUGCUCUCCCUGUUCCAGUCAUUGUCUCCAACUUCAGUCGAAUAUACCACCAAAACCAGAGGGCUGACAAGCGAAAGGCGCAAAGGAAAGCUAGGCUCGCCAGGAUUCGACUAGCAAAGAACGCAAGUGGUAAUGCCUUUGUCACACGCAAAAAGGAGGCAGACAGAUUAGCAGAGAGCGGUUGCAGUCUUGAAGACCUGACCAGCAAGUACAGUGCCUAUGAAUCUCAGCAUCACCAUCUGCUCAGCUGUCUAGAGAAAACAACGACCUGGUAUGACGGACCAAGUGAGGCUGAUGAGCCCAUGGUGAGAACGGACCAGUCGGCCGACUUCACGCAACGGCAGUACCAGGAGACAGAGUAUACCUACAACGGUAUUCCCUUCACCCGUCCCCUGGACACGGGGAGCCCGCCCCUCACCCCCAGCCACUCCCACGAAUCUGCGUUGCACAACCCAGGCCGGAACCACGCCGAGUCAUCGGCCUCCACCUGCUGUACGCGCUGGGCCCGCGGCAACCGUUACCAGGCCACGCCUACUUCCCCGGACGACUCGGAUCUGAACGAGGUGCACGUGCACGACCCCAACGCCAACCCGGCCAUCACUAAGGAAGACCUGUCGCUGGACCCCUACCCGAAGAUGAACUGCACGACCACGGUGACCGAGGCCAUAGUCACCAUGAUGCCACCCAGCGUGGCCGGAGACGGGGACUCCCUCAACACUACAGUGAGUACCAGGUCCAGUCCUGGGGUGGUCCGCGUGUCGGCACUAUAGCACAGGUCACUACAAGGGGGGAGGCUGGUUCCAAACAACCAAGGACCAUCAGAACAAUGGGCUAAACGCAUUGCUAUUCAUCCAUUUAGCUUCUUAUUAUUUGAUUGCCUUAUGAAAAUUGAUUCGCCAGUGUAUAAUACGCUUUUUGAUAUGUAUCUAUAAAUAUAUUUGUGAGUAGCAGUGGUGAUGAUGAUGACGAUAAUGACGGUGAUAGUAAUUAGGCCUAUACCUGCGUACAUCGAUAGCAGUCAAGGCUGGGGUUGGCAUCAUCAUUAUUAGUAUUCAGUCUUGUAAUUACGCAGUGGGAAUAUUGGCCAUGAACCCCCCGUUGUGACUAUACUUUCAACAAGUGUGCGAAGGUUACCAUAUGGCUGGCGAUCACAAUGGUGAUCAAGCCGACAAAUUGUAAGCAUAAUGAACGCACAGUAUUUUGGCCAGAGCAGCAUCAGCACUAAAAGGGAUUGACUCCAAAAUUCAAAAUGCAACCCAUUUUGUGCCACAGAUGAUAAGAUCGAUGUUCAAAGAUUUUUUUUCCCCGUUCAGUUUUACAUAAAAUGUGGAGCAGGAUUUCAACCAUCAACCUUUUAUGGCAAGGUAUUUUUUUGGGGGGGGGGGGGGUUGGGCACAGAAUUUUUACAGCCUAACAUUAUGAUCGAUCAUUGGUUUGUUGUCACGUCAUUUUCACGCAAAAAAAAUGAAUGAUCCAUCGUUAUUUGCCCCUUUAAAGUUGAAGUACAGUUUGGUACAAAAUAAUGUUUUGAUCUUGCCGCACAUAGUACAUUCACAAGCAUACCAGCAGUACUGUACAUGUAUGUUGUAUCAUAGAGCAAGGAACAGGAGUUUCAACUCCCUCAACUUCAAAGGAUCCGUGCCCUGAGCAUCGGGGGGGGGGGGGGGGGGCAAAUUAC